CCCCAGCCCCGGGCGGGGCGGGCAGCGACCCGGGCGGCGGGGCUGGCAGCCUUGGCUGCCGGCAGUGUGGCCCGGCGCCCGCCUUAGCUGCAGCUCCCGUGAGGCGCCCGGGCCCCCCCGACCGGCUCCGGCCUCGUUAUGGCCGCGGCCUCCUCCCCGCCCAGGGCCGAGAGGAAGCGCGGGGGCUGGGGCCGCCUGCUGGGCGCCCGGCGGGGCAGCGCGGGCCUGGCCAAGAAGUGCCCCUUCUCCCUGGAGCUGGCAGAGGGCGGCCCGACGGGCGGCACGCUCUAUGCGCCCGUCGCGCCUGCCAGCGCCCUGGGGCCAGCGUCCCCCAUGACCCCCGCCGCGCCCUCGGCGUCCCCGGUCGUCGCCGACCUCGGCCCGCGACCGCCUGUGAGCCUCGACCCGCGCGUCUCCAUCUACAGCGCCCGCCGCCCGCUGCUCGCGCGCACCCACGUCCAGGGACGCGUCUACAACUUUCUCGAACGCCCCACGGGCUGGAAGUGCUUCGUCUACCACUUCGCUGUCUUCCUCAUCGUCCUGGUCUGCCUCAUCUUCAGUGUGCUGUCCACCAUUGAGCAGUAUGCCGCUCUGGCCACAGGGACGCUCUUCUGGAUGGAGAUCGUGCUGGUGGUCUUCUUCGGGACGGAGUACGUGGUGCGCCUCUGGUCCGCAGGCUGCCGCAGCAAGUACGUGGGCCUCUGGGGCCGGCUGCGCUUCGCCCGCAAGCCCAUUUCCAUCAUCGACCUCAUCGUGGUGGUCGCCUCCAUGGUGGUCCUCUGCGUGGGCUCCAAGGGGCAGGUGUUCGCAACGUCCGCCAUCAGGGGUAUCCGCUUCCUCCAGAUCCUCAGGAUGCUGCAUGUGGAUCGCCAGGGAGGCACCUGGAGGCUCCUGGGCUCCGUGGUCUUCAUCCACCGCCAGGAGCUGAUAACCACCCUCUACAUCGGCUUCCUGGGCCUCAUCUUCUCCUCCUACUUCGUGUACCUGGCUGAAAAGGACGCAGUGAAUGAGUCUGGCCGCAUCGAGUUCGGCAGCUACGCGGACGCCCUGUGGUGGGGGGUGGUCACAGUCACUACUAUUGGCUACGGGGAUAAGGUGCCCCAGACCUGGGUUGGGAAGACCAUCGCCUCCUGCUUCUCUGUCUUCGCCAUCUCCUUCUUCGCACUCCCGGCGGGCAUCCUGGGCUCAGGGUUUGCCCUCAAAGUACAGCAGAAGCAGAGGCAGAAGCACUUCAACCGGCAGAUCCCCGCCGCAGCGUCGCUCAUCCAGACGGCGUGGAGGUGCUACGCUGCUGAGAACCCCGACUCCUCCACCUGGAAAGUCUACGUCCGCAAGCCCACGCGGAGCCCCGCACUGCUCUCCCCCAGCCCCAGGCCUCGGAAGUCCGCCAUGGUAAAGAAAAAGAAGUUCAGACUGGACAAAGAUAACGGGGUGAACCCUGGAGAGAAGGUGCUCACAGUCCCCCACAUCACGUGCGACCCCCCAGAAGAGCGGAGGCCAGACCACUUCUCUGUCGAUGGCUGUGACAGCUCUGUGAGGAAGAGUCCCACGCUGCUGGAAGUGAGCACAGCCCACUUCCUGAGAACCAGCAGCUUCGCUGAGGACCUGGACCUGGAAGGGGAGACGCUGCUGGCCCCCAUCACCCACGUCUCACAGCUCCGGGAGCACCAUCGGGCAACCAUCAAGGUCAUUCGACGCAUGCAGUACUUUGUGGCCAAGAAGAAGUUCCAGCAAGCAAGGAAGCCCUACGAUGUGCGGGACGUCAUCGAGCAGUACUCUCAAGGCCACCUCAACCUCAUGGUGCGCAUCAAGGAGCUGCAGAGAAGAGAAGAGCAAGGACCGCGGCAGCAACACCAUCGGUGCCCGCCUGAACCGCGUGGAAGACAAGGUGACACAGCUGGACCAGAGGCUGGUGGUCAUCACGGACCUGCUCCAUCGACUGCUCUCCCUGCACCAGGGCAGCUCCCCCGCUGGGGGUGGCGCCCAAGUGGUCCAGUCCUGUGGCGAAGGCGGCUCUGUCCACCCGGAGCUCUUCCUGCCCAGCAACUCCCUGCCCACCUACGAACAGCUGACCGUGCCCCGGAGGGGACCCGACGAGGCCUCCUGAUGGGGGCCGGGCAGGGCGGGUCUGGGAGGGGAGGCCCCGUGGGAGCAGCCGGCCUACCCACCUCCCUCUCCACAGGUUCCCACCUGGACCUGGCCACCUCCCUGGAGGCCCUGGGGGGAACUACUUGGUUCUCACACCUGGGGCCAGGUCACCAGCAGAACCUGAGCUUGGGGGCCAGGCAAGCCAGCUCUCUCCACCGAUGGGGCACUAGGACUCGGCUGGUGGGCAGCCCCUCUCAGAUCCACGCCAUCGCCCCAACUGUAGCGGUGCCAUGACUUGCAUGGCUGUUGGGCACUGUGGUAGGGUGCACCCAGGGCAUGGGCCUGGCCUGGGCCUAGGUAGCCAAGAUGAAGGACAGGCCGAGGGAGGCCCACCCCGUAGGGCCAGAGUGCUUCCUGAGGGGAGACACAGGCAGGACAACCAGCACGGCCCAAGACAAAGGCCUGAGAGCCCAGCUCCCAGAUCCCUUGUUUUCCGAGAUGCUGUCCUGGGGCUGGGGACAGGCGGUGGCCGCCACCCACUCUGGACAGGCAGCUUCUCCCACCCCCUCUCUGCUGUGGCCCCUGCCUCCUUCCUCGCCUGGUUGGAGCUGCUGGACAGACCCACAGACGGAGCCGCACACCCCUCAGCAGCUGCCGAGCCAGGGGGAUUUCCACGCAGGGCGGGCUUCUUGCGGGCAUUAUGUCUCAUAGAAAUCAACUGGUCUGCGGUGGUUUGGAAUCUGUUCUAAUGAGUUCACGCUGUGAUUUUGAUUGUUGAUUGUGCAAGCCUUUCCCAAUAAACACGGAGCGCCAUGUUGAUCUUGACGCUGCUCUUGCCUUGA